AUGCACCUCAGCAUCGCCCUCUUGACUCUGGCACUAGCUGCCCUGCCACACUCCCUCGCAACCGGGCCCUGCACCACCGACGAGGACUGCUCCCUCAACGGCCGCUGCGUCCGCGACUGCCGCGCUCGUCCCGCUGCCCGCGUGUGCAAAUGCGACCCGGGCUGGUGGGGUGAAGACUGUGGCCGACUCGACCUCGCGCCCGCCAGGAGGGGCGACGGGUACAACCACACCUCCGACGUGGUCCCGCAGCCGGCAGACUACUACGGCACGCAGGGCAACUCGUCCUGGGGCGGCACGAUCCUGCAGGACCGGUCGGACCCGCGGCUGUUCCACCUCGUGACGGCGCAGUUCGGGCACGGGUGCGGCCUCGGCGCGUGGCGGCCGCAGAGCUUUGUCGUCCGGGCCGAGUCGAGGACGGGGCCGAGGGGCCCAUACCGCUUCGCGCAGAAGCUCAGCGGGACGUUUCGGCAUAACCCGUAUGCGUUUUGGAGCGAGGCGGAUGGCAAGUAUUUGAUGUACACUAUCGGGGUGGAUGUGGAGGCACCGGAUAAUUGCAAGGGUGUUAAAUGGCCAAACAACAUCUCCGUGUCCGUAGCACCAACUCUUCAAGGCCCCUGGUCGCCCUUCCAGCUGCUCAUCAACGGGACCAAUCCGGCCCCCUGGCCGGCUUACACACCACACCACCGAACGUCGGAGAUCAUCCUCGCGACCGAGGACCUCACCAUCUACACCGCACCCCGCUACCAGGGCCCCUACACCCAGAUCAGCCAGGCCCCCUGGAACACGUCAGACUACUCGCCCACCUGGGCCGAGGACCCCUUCCUCUGGCGCGACAAGCGCGGGCACUGGCACGCGUUGGCGCACUACAUGAUCGACAUCGUCGAGCACGGCGGGCGCAAGUACCCGCGCGUGGGCGCGCACAUGUUUGCCCGGCACCUCCGGGGCCCGUGGCACUUCCACCAGCACGAGGCGUACAACUCGACGGUCAGCUUCACGGACGGCACCGCGCAGACGCUCAAUAGGAGGGAGAGGCCCAAGUUGUUCUUCAGUUCGGACAGGGAGAUGACGCCGCUGUAUCUUGUGAACGGGGUGCAGGAUCUGGGGAGCAAGGCGAGUUACACGCUUGUGCAGCCUAUUGGGGAGAAGUGGAAAGAAUUUGAGAAGGGGUUGGGGUUUUGA